CAGUGUUGGGGGAGGGGCACUCAUCAUCAUCUUGAUCAUUUUGAUUUUAGUGUUUUUAAGAAAGAGACAAAAACGAACUCAGCUAAAACAUUCCCAAGAGAGGAACGCAAUUUGGAUAACACACAAGAGAAUGGUACUAAUACUAAAAAAACAACACAUUCAUACAGUUAUUGGUGACGACAAAAAAUACGUAACAGGUUUAACCAAAGCCAAAUGUGUAAACACAAUUACUGCACAUAUGGAAGGUACUAAGACACGUGGCAGUAAUAAUGUGAAUGUUAACUUUACUACAUACUCCUGUGUAGAGAAUCAAGCAAUUGAAGCUUUAGAAAUAAAAUAUUAUAACGCAUCUAAAAUUAAUACAGCUCAACGUCAAAGUCAACCAAGCGAAUUUUCGAAUCCAC